GACGUAGUAUACUUGAAAUAGUUGCUCUGCAGCAGUUUUACUUGUUAUUGAGAAACGGCCAGGAUGUAUCACAACUAACUAACUUAACCAAAGGAGGGACAAUGCUACCUUUAGUUGGAGCGGAGCUGAAACCGGUGCAGCUGUACCGACACCUCCUCCGGUGCUGCAGGCAGUUACCCACAGAAGCCAUGCAGAAGCAUUACCGGCACGCCAUCAGACAGGGUUACACCAGUCACGCAGAUGAAGACGACCAGGAGAGGGUACAAAUGAUCGUCCAAAGAGCUGUCGUAGAUGCCGACUGGAUUCUUACAAAAUAUUCCAAGAACAAAUGAGGCUCAAAAACCAUGACUAUGUCCCGGGGGGUUUCACGUCGUAGAGAUGGAGACAUUUUUCUGAGUCUUGAGUUGAUAUUGUGUCAACAGCCAUGAUAAUGCAACAUCUGUACUGUAUGGAAAGAUAUCAAUAUUCUUCAUCAAUAAAGGUAUAAAUACUAUUUAUGGAGUGAAAUGACUAUCAUGUAUUUAUUUUUCAAUAAAAUACAUUCUAAACUAUA